UGUGGCUAGUGGCGAUAAAAGAGACGAUACAUUAUUGAAAAGCUCUUCUUUGGUUUUCAUUAGUCAUGGCAAAGAUCGAAAAAAUGGUAUUUUGGUAUAUUCUAUUGCUUCUUCCCACAAUAGUACUAGGCGAAUGUACUUGUGAUUCUGAGGAUGAAGAAAGAAACAAAAGCGAGGCGCUCAAGUACAAAAUUGCAGCACUCGCAUCCAUUUUGGUUGCGAGUGCAAUUGGAGUGUGUAUUCCGGUACUGGGCAAGGCGAUUCCCGCCUUGAGCCCAGAGAGGAAUUUCUUCUUCAUAAUCAAAGCUUUUGCAGCUGGUGUGAUCCUAUCAACGGGGUUUAUACAUGUACUUCCGGAUGCAUUUGAAAGCUUGACAUCGCCGUGUUUGAAAGAGAAUCCGUGGGGAAAUUUCCCUUUCUGUGGAUUUGUUGCUAUGGUUUCUGCAAUGGUGACUCUGAUGGUGGAUACUUAUGCAACUUCUUAUUACAAUAAGAAAAAUUUGAAAAAUGUAGUGGUGGCGACUCAGACUGGAGAUGACGAUGGAGUCGUUCAUACUCACUCUCAUGCCCAUGCACAUGGUUCAGCAUCAAUGAUGGCUGAUUCUGAUUCCGAGCUUCUUCGUUAUCGUGUUAUUUCUCAGGUUUUGGAGUUGGGGAUAAUAGUGCACUCAGUGAUAAUAGGAAUAGCUUUGGGUGCUUCUGAAAGUCCCAAAACCAUAAAGCCUCUUGUUGCUGCUUUGACUUUUCAUCAAUUUUUCGAAGGCAUCGGACUUGGCGGAUGCAUUGCCCAGGCAAAAUUGAAGACUCGUGCAAUUGCAAUAAUGGCUUUAUUUUUCUCGCUCACAACUCCAAUAGGAAUAGGAAUUGGACUAGGAAUAACAAGUGUUUACGAUGAAAACAGUCCAACAGCUCUUAUUGUGGAAGGAAUAUUUAAUUCAGCUUCAGCUGGCAUCUUGAUUUAUAUGGCACUCGUUGAUUUUUUAGCUGCUGAUUUUAUGCAUCCAAGAAUGCAAGGCAAUGGAAAGCUUCAAUUAGGGGCCAAUAUUUCACUUCUUCUUGGUGCUGGACUCAUGUCUAUGCUAGCCAAAUGGGCAUAAUUGAUCAACACAAAUUGUUACCAAUUUUACGUCUCUAUUUUCCCCCUUUUUACCUCUUCUCUUGAUUGAUUGCUGUACAAAAAGUGAUUGUAAAUCGUUCUGAAAUGAUAUUGCUGAUAUUCUUUGUCAUCGAUUAUUGAUUUGUUUGUUUGUUUGUUUGCAUGGAAUGUUCUACUUUCUUUUGUA